GAUGUUUCUAUCCCCACUACCCAUUUGUUUCGUUCUAUUUCAUUUUCAUUUAACAAAAAUUUAAAUUAUAAUUUAAUAGAGAAAUCUAAUUAAUAUUUUUAUAUUUAAUUUAUUUUGAUUUUUAAAAUCAAUCUUUCAAAUAUAUAUUACGAAUCUAUAAAUAUAUUAAUAUUCUAUAUAUAAGUGUGAAGAUGUGAUUAUGUGAUCAUGGAUAGUAAUAUGCGGUUGAUAAUGAAUGUGUUUGUAUAAAACUUAUGAAAUUCUAUAAAAAAAAAGAAUACAUGUUUUGUAUGUUUAUUGCAUUUAAAUUUCUUUUUAAAAGUUACUAUAAUUAAUCAUAACCAGAGAAUUUUAUAACAAAAAUUACAAUGGAUUCAGAUGAGGUUAUAAUAGAAGAAAUGGUAGAAAAUAAGAAUUUACACGAUGAAUUGAAGAAACACAUAUUAAAUACUGACAAAAAUAAUUAUGUUUCAAAUAAUGAAAACUCUUUAUUAAAAUAUAAAGAAAAUAUUCAAAUUAAUAUUAAUGAGACAAGUAAAUUUGCCGAUAAUUCUAAAAUAAAUAUAAUUAAUAAUAUUGAAAUUAAACAAAAUUAUAGUGAAAUAAAUAAUCUAAUUAGUGAAGAAAAAAAUUCAAUUACUUCACAUAUUAAUAGAAAUGAAGUAUUAACCAAUGAUCCUAAUAAAAAACAGGAUCAUAUAACAUUUGAAAAAUUAAAACAUGAAGAUAAUGAUAUUCAUAUCAUACAUGAAAAGAAUACAGUAUCAUUAACUCAAAAAAAUGAUAAAGUAUCUUCUCUUGUUAGUAUUGCUUUAGAAUAUGGAAAUUCUGAUUCAGAAACAGAAUAUAAUUCUGAUGAAAUAAAAUGUGAAAAUAAUGAAAGUAAAUCUUUAAAAGAAAUACAAGUACAAACUUAUAGGCAAAAUAAAGAAGCUUCAUCAGAUGAAGAAAGUGAAAGUCAAGAUGAUUCUAGUAGCAGUGAUUCUUCUGUAAUAAUUCAAUCAAAUGAAUCGGAUAGUGAUGAUUCUUUAAGCAAGAAAAGCAUGAGAAAUAAUAUAAAAAAACAAAAAAAUAAUGAAAUAAAAAAUGAAUUAGAUGAUUUACCUCCUAUUGAAGAUUUAAAAAUUAGUGUACCUGAAGUAUUAUGCGAUCCAUUAGGAGAAGUUGCUUGGAUGGUAGAACAGUUGGUAGUUGUGAAACCAAAACCUGGUAAACCAACAUUAAACUUAGAUACAGUUUUAUUUGUUGAAAAAGGACAAAGAGCAUUAGGUAAAAUAUUUGAUGUCUUUGGAAAAGUGAAUGAACCUCAUUAUUGUGUACGUUUUAAUAGCUCUAAACAUAUAAAAGAAUGUGACAUUAAAGAGAGAAUGACUGUUUAUUAUUGUCCAAAUACAGAAUAUACUUCCUUGGUAUUUCUUCAUGAAUUAUUGAAAAUUAAAGGUAUUGAUGCAAAUGCAGAUGAUCCUCCAGAAUUUUCAGAUGAUGAGGAAGAACGAGCUUAUUAUGAACAAUUAAAAGCAAAACAAGUAAAUAAUACUAAUCAAUCAGAUAUUCCAUCUAAACGAAAACGUAUUUCAAAACCUAAUACUGGUUGGCAAUCAAAUCAUCCAUGGAAUAGAAAUGUACAAAGGCAAAAAAAAGAAUUUUAUACACGAACAAAUAGACAAUUUUUUUUUGAAAAUCAAUCUCAAACUUUAUGGUCACAAACUUAUCAAAAUAAUAGUGAAUCAUAUGGAUAUGGAGCAUAUUCAAUACAACCUAUGCAAUAUAUAAAUCAUAAUGUUGGCAAUGCUAAUCAAAAUUUAUAUAGUUCACAUAAUUAUUAUAGUGAAGAUAAUAGUACAACAUAUUUAAAUCCUAGAAUUCCUUUUACUACAUGUCCAAGAAUUUCUCCAGGAUACUUAACAUUACAAAAUCAUCCAAAUUCUUUUACAAAUGUAAGAUUCCAAUCAACAAAUAUACCCUGGUUAUCACAAGUUCCACAAGUUCCUACUCGAAUGAAAAUACCAUGGGUAUCUUUACCACCACCUCCACCUCCUCCUCCACCAAGUACAUCAUCAGAUACUACUUAAAUAUCAAUAAUGGAAUAAUUAUUAUUUAUAUUCUAUUUCUUAAUUUUUAUGUGCAUAAAUGUUAUUUUAAAAAUAUACAAGAUAAAAAAUAAUUGAAUGUAUUAAAAAUUAUAUACAAUAAUAUAUAUGUAUUUGUAUAUAUAUAUAUAUAUAUAUAUAUAUGUGUGUAUGAACUUGUUCUUAGAAGAAUUCAAAUUAUAUUUGAAUAAUUAUUACAAUAAUAUAUUAAUUAUAUUAGUUAUAUUUACAUUAUUUUUUAUAAUAAACUUUUAUUAACAAUAUAUUAUUUCUUAUGAAUUAUUUUCGAAUAUAAUAAAAAACUAUACGCAAAAAAUGUAUAUAAUACCAUAAUAUCAAUUAGUAUUAUUUAUAAUAUUCAUAAUUUUAUUAUUCUUUAAGAAAUUGAUUAUAUUUAUAAGCAAUCAUAUCAGGCUUCUGUAACUGUUCUUCAGCAAAUGCAAUAUCAGUUUUUAUUGCUUUAAUUAAUUCCUCUAAAA